UCUCAUUGAUAAAGCUGAUGGUUUAAAUAAUACUCUUUGCUUACUAUUCUAUUAGCACUGGCAUCAGCCAGUCUAUGCGCCAAGCAGAGAUGAAUGUGUAUGGUUUGAUAUUUACUAGAUAUUUACCUGCAAUUACUAUCUGAAAUGUGUUUUUACUAUUAUAUUAUUUUAUACUCUAGUAUUUACUCUAGGUCAACCUCUUUUAACCUUCAUUUUUUAUUUAAAACAUUUUUUCUUUAUUCUGAAAUUGUUCUUCCAGCUAUCGGUUAACAGACCUCAACACCCUGAAUGAGUCGUUGGUGAUGGGUAACUCCUCCUCAGCUGUACUCUUAAGGGAUACGUUAACUACUGCCGUCGCCAAGAAUGUCAUCGUCGUAGCCCUCUGCAUCUCCAUCAACUACAUCAACGGCACCCUGGUCCAUACCUUCUCCAAACACGAGAUCUUUAGGAUGAACCCUCGAUACAACCUUUUCAUCCACCUGGUUCUCAACGACAUGAUCCAGCUGUCGUUGUCUGGGCUUCUGCACGUAAUCAGCUACAUGUUCUACACCAUCAAUGUUUCUUUCUGCUGCCUCCUGCUGGUCAUCUCCAUCUGCACUACCCUCAACACCCCUCUCAACCUGGCCUGUAUGGCAGUGGAGUGCUAUGUAGCUGUGUGCUUCCCUAUGCGUUACCUACAGAUUUGCACUAUGAAGAGAACCUACAUCCUGAUAGGUUUGAUUUGGGGGGCGAGUGCCAUCUCCAUCCUACCCGACAUCUUCCUGCUCGGGAUCAUGAAGCCUCCAAGCUUCUUUCAUAGCAGGGUGUUCUGCACCCGGGACAUGGUCUUCAGGAGCAGCAUCCAGAAGAGGAACACCUCCCACAUCAUCUGUCUAGUUGUGGUCUGGAUAACCUUGUUCUUCACCUAUUUCAAUGUUCUGUUCGCGGCCAAGACGGCCAACGCAGAUGUGAAGAAGGCGAGGAACACUCUGCUUCUGCAUGGCUUCCAGCUCCUGCUCUGCAUGAUGACUUACAUAGUGCCCAUGUCUGAGACGGCCCUAUUUUACUUUUUCCCCCAGCAAAAACUUGCCGUUGUCUUCACCUUCUACGUCUUUGUUCAGAUCAUGCCACGUUUCCUAAGCCCCAUCAUUUAUGGAGUAAGAGAUAAAACGUUCCGGAAUUAUCUCAAGAGAUACCUGAUGUGUAAAGUGAAAAAAAUGCUGGUUUAG